AGUGACGCCAACACUGGACUAUACAUCGAAGCCUUGCUGAAGAUAUCAUAGUGCCCUCUGUCUUUCUUACGGCGCAGGGGGGGUUGGUCUACUCCUCUGCCAUACCAUUCAAUCCAGACAAGAUGGGGGACUUUGAGAGAACCGUCCUGGAGUUCUACCAGGUAUCCACGCCUUAUCCAGUGGAAUGGCCUGCAGACAAAAACAACAGCGAUGUCUCCGAUGACGAGACCACCAAGAGCAAGAUCAACAGGCGAAAGUCGAGAUAUCAGGCACUGGAGCGCGCAGUCAUCAACAGAGGCAGUGUUGUGCCUGGAUCAGAGAACUCAGGUAGUGGUGGGGUGGCAAACUUGGUGCAAAAGGAUGAACCAGAUCCUCUAGGGACAACGGACAGUGUUGUGAGGACGUUGAAGCAGAUGGGAUUGCCAUUACAAGAUGAUCCCCGACUUCGCAACCGGUUUCUCCUCUCCUCCACGACAUUCUCCCCCGCCUUGUUCUUGUCGCAGAUGCACGCCACCGCCGAUACCCAAUCGCUUCUAACAGGUCUUGACGCCCUUUCUAGAUCAAUCGAUCAGAAAUCAGCCUCCCUGAAGGUUCUUGUCGAGUCCAAUUUCGAACGAUUCGUCCGUGCAAAGGCCACCAUCGACAAUGUCUACAAAGAGAUGAAAUAUCGCGGAGCCGAUCCCACGCCAACCCGGAGCAAGGCCCACUCUCGCCAUGCUAGCAGGAACAGCUUCCGGGGAAAUACCGGGGUAAUGGGCCCUACUAGCCCCUUGACACCAAUGACGGACAGCCGUAAGAAGAAUGCGCUUGUCAAGGAGAGCGAGUACGGCGUUAUGGGCAUAAAGGCACCGCUACUGGACGUAUCAGCAAAGGCCGAGGAUGUUUGGGGCCCAGCGCUCGGCGGGAAGGAGAGAGAGGAAAACUUGAAGACAGUGUCCUCCUCGGUGGAUCGCUUCAAGGUCUACGUGGAGACGAGCUCAGCGAUAUCAGACAGCAUCAGGCGCAAGGAUUACGAGACCCUGGUUGAGGAAUAUAUCAAGGCAAGGAAGUUCGCAGACGAGGCCCGGAAGCUCACCCAGGAUAUUGGCUCAUCACAGCCUACCGAGGCCCAACUAUACCAAAUCCUACUCGCAGCUCGCAUGUGGCACGAUGUUGACGAGCAGAUCCAGUCCUUCAAGCGUGAAGUAUGGAGGAAAUUGGUAUCUUUGCACAACAUUUCAAAGGCCGAUUCGGUCCCAGGCCAUCCCCAAGACCAGCAUAUGGAACUAAUCACGCUACUUUUGGAGCUGGGCGUCGAGGACAACCCAAUAUGGGUAUGGCUUAUCAGCCGAUACGACUAUCUGAAGGGGAAGAUCCAAUCUGCCGCAGACAGGUCCAAGGUUGAGAUAGAGGUCUUGCGACGACGCCUCGCCAAUGCCGAGAAGCCUGCGCCCGAGAUCAUCGCUUCUCAUAUGCGGUCGCUAGGACGUCAGUCAAUCGAGAACAAGUCGGCAACUUUUGACUCUGCCGACAUCGUGGAGCUGUGGGAGAAGAUGGUCUCCUUUAUGGCAGCAUUGCUAUCAUCUCAAGGCAUCCUUGGGGAGGUCGUAGAGUUCUGGCAGACAGUCCAGGGCUUUAUCGACGGCAAGACGCAACGGACCCUACCGGUGGGCUACAACAGCGAAUCGAAGGGUCACCAUCGGCUCUCCCAACAAGGCACGAUCGAUCUGCAAAAGGCCACGGUCGAGCUUGUCGACAUGAUACGUGAGCACGUGCUCAUGUUCUUCGCUGGACCUCCGCCAGAAGACAUUUCCCUUCUCGUCUCUCCAUUACCGCAAUCGCCAAACACGCCGAUGCACGCGUCAAUAUCUGGUUCACUGACCCCGACAGCACUCAGGGAUCCUCGGUUCAACUUCGACCCCAACAACCUGCCCCCCCCGUCCCCGAAACGGGGCGAGGCGUGGGAGAAGUUCGCCUUCUGGCCGCCCUGGUCAAACUCCAUCAGCGGGGUUCAUUAUCUUUCCAAGAUGCUUGCCCUCGUGGGGGCAGGAGCGUCGGAAAUGGCGAGCAUCACCCCUGUUGGCCAGAGCGGAUCCCCGGAGCUGGAAGGUUUGAAGACUCUCGUCGGCGCGGCAAGAGAGCGUUGCGUUACGGCAGUCUGCGCCGCGUGGAACCGGGACGCCGAAAACAUCAAGUUUGUCGAGGACUGGAAUCGUUCCCCCGACCGCAAGGACGUCACCAAGAUGCCGGCGAGCUUCUCGGCAUUUGAGGGCGCGCUGCUGAGCGGCAUGCAGAAAAUCCUGUACAUCUCGGAAGCCAUGUCCAAGCCCGGAGCGGGGGAUAUUGUCCUCCCUCCCCCGACAAAGCUCCUACAAAUGGUCCGCAGCCAGUACGUCACGACGCUCUAUAAGGCGCUGGGCGGUAUGGUUGAGAACGCGGAGCGAUCUCUCAAGCAAGAGGAUGACGAGUGGACUACCGAUGCCGAUAACUUUGUGGUUUUGAAUGGCGCGCGGAGUGAGCGAGCCUCGCUGGUUGGAGGCGGCACUAUCAAUGCUGGGGACAGGAAUGUGCGAAUGCUUCUGACUCUCAGCAACCUCCAAUACUUGCGGGCACAAGUGGUGCCGAGUCUCAACACGCAGUUUGAGAAUGCCUUCUCGGUGAAGCUGACGGACGAGACGAAAACCAUCCGGGACGUCCUCGGACAGAUCGACGCCCGGCUCUUCCAAUCGUACACGCGGCCGUCGAUCGAGAACCUGCGCAAGGUGAUCGGCAAGGGCGUGACAGCCCCCGACUGGGCGCCAGCGGCGCGCGAGAAGCCGCGCGAGGUCAGGCCGUACGUGUACGAGGCGCUCCUGAGCCUCGUGCUGGUGCACACGCAGGUGUCGACGACGGCGUCGUCGCUGACCAGCCAGGUGCUCUCGUACCUCCUCGAGCAGGCGUCGCGGGAGCUGCUCGAGGCGCUCAAGACGCGGCCGCGGUACCCGCUCGAGGCGCUCAUGCAGGCGACGCUGGACGUCGAGUUCGUGGCGCAGACGCUGUCGCAGUACACGACGGACCGGGCGUCGGAGCUGCAGGGCCAGAUCUACCAGGAGCUCGACGGCCGCACCGACAACGACGCCCGCGCCCGCCUGCAGGGCCAGCUGCCCGAGAUGAGGAGCGUGCUCAAGAGGCUGCGCGAGGCGAGCAAGAGCGAGUUCGCGUGCUUCAGGAAGCCGAAGAGGUCCCAGGUCGGGUCCGGGUCCGGGUCCGGUUCUGUUACUAGUCCAAGUUCCGCUGGGUUCGACAGGAGGGAUACGGGCUUCAGUGACCCGUCGGGAUAGGCUGUUUGGGACGGGAGACCAUGUCCUGCCCCCUGUUUGAAUUAUUUAAUAAGAUACCACUGAUGCUAUUGCUACCACUCAUCCCACAUUUUUACUCUGCUCUUUUACUCUAUAUACGUUUUGUGUCGAUGAAGCGUAGUCGCCUCACUCAGCCAUUGCAAGACUUCCUUCCGGUGUUAACUCGAAACACCAAUGGCAAUCAUUCAAGGUAGAAGAGGAAGAAGCCUAAUUCAAUUGUCUAUGAAGAGCUAAUGUAAU